AACGAAAAAGUCUGUGCCGGAUAUGACAGUGUUUCGCUGUGCUCUAAGUUUAAGUCUUGGUCAUCAUCACACAUGGACGGGCUGCACGUUUUCAUUUACGUUCUCUUGGGAGUUGUAUCCUUCGGUCAUGAUUGGAUCUCUGGCUCAGUGUUGGAGAGAAAAGUCAGAGCAGGAGACAACGUCACUUUCCUCUGUGACUGCAAGGUAUCACUCAGUGUAUACAUAGUGUGGUACAGGAACUGCUCUCAUGAGAACCAGCCUUCUCUCGCCCUUAAUAGAAAUGUUUGGGAACAAUCCUCUACCGCUGAUCGCAUAAUUAAUCCUCUUCCUCGUUUCCACUUUGUGAGAAACUUUUCCUCUGACUCCUAUGACCUGCUGAUCAUUAACAUCACUGAAACUGAUGAAGGGCUCUACUACUGUGGAACUGAUGAGCUUAGGGUGGACAACAAGGAAAAUAUUACUUCCAAACAUGUUUACACAUAUGGCAACAUCUCAACAAGGAUCCAUUUCAACUCCAAGCCUCAUCACCAGGAGACUCCACAAGACUGUGGUGUGUGCUGGAUGCUGCUGUUCUCUCUGUGUCCAGCUCUUGCUGUUCUGUCCUCUCUCCUCUCCUCUCUCCUGGUGUAUCACCUCUGUAAGAAAGAAGAACCUCAAACUGAUCAGCAGACACCUCGAACAACACAAAAUCAGGAUGAAGAUGUGUGCUAUGCUGCAGUGGAAUAUCGUCAGGUGUCCCAAAAACCAAAGUGGAAGAAAAACCAGAGUUCUGACUUCUGCACUUAUUCUGCCAUCAACACUUCAAGCAUGGAAACACUUUAAACAAGAGGACAAACACAUUUGAUAUGUUAUUUUGCUGGAAUAGGUAUAGCCACUUAUUAUCCACAUUUUGAAAAGUAAUACUAAAAUAUAUUUCUUAUUUCCUGACACCACUUAUUUGACAUAUAAUAAAGAAAGACUUGAGACAAAAAACCUGUGUUGGUGUUAAUU